GCCCCGCUAAAAUCAAUGAGCGCGUUCGGCGACGAGACCACCGCCGCCACCGCCGCCGCUGUCGACGGCGCGGCACAGCCGUCGUGGUGGCGCGACAUCAGCAGCAGCGGUGGCGUCGUCGUGAGUCGGCUCCGUCGUACCCUCGGCACCGUUUUCCGCGGCACGUACCGCGACCGCCCGGUCUCACGUCCGCGGCGCGACGUCCCGGACGAUCAUGUGAACGCACGUGGCAGCGACGAGAACAUGCCGUCGUCCGGUCGCGAGGACAUGGAUCUCUGCACCGACAAGGUCCUCUCCAAGGGCAGGAUCCUUCAGGAGCUGACGAAGGCCGUCAAACUGGUCUAUGCUCAGAGUCUCUACGGCACCGUGGUCUUGGACGGUGAUUCUUGGCUGGUUUACUGGUUGGAUCGUGCGCUGCGCCAUGGAUUGCGUGUCGAGAGACAUGGAUAUUGGGGCACUGCUAGAGAGCUUAGUCACCAGGACACAAUCGUGGUCAUACAUGCACUACAGAGUGUAUUAACUUCCAUAGGAAAAGGUCGGGCAUGGCUCUAUCACACUCUGAGCGAAGGCAGUUUUGAGAGUUAUCUGGCCUGUUUACUGCGAGACACGAAGACAUUAAAGAAGCAGUACUUUCCACACGCACUUGUGAGAGAUGCUGAUAAGACCAAUCAACUGGUUAAUCUACUUGCCGGUCUGGAAAACGUGUCCUUCACAUUGCAAUUGGAUGUGACAUAUUUGGAUAUUUGCAACUACAUGCCACAGAGGCCUAUGAGCGUAAAUCCAUCGGGGACAGUCUUGUCAUUGCAUUUAAGGUCUUCUAGCGUUUCGAGCCUAGCCUCUCCGGGAGACAGUGGUGUUGCAUUUGACAGUGACAUGGACAUUGCAAAUGAAACUGAUGGAAGCAGUUACAAAGAGGAGGAUUAUUCAAUGGAUGAUAUUCCUAAAUACCGAAAUAAUAGGUACAAAACGAUUAUUAACAAUCGCAUGGAGGACAAUAAGAACUUUGGAUCUAGUGAUUCGAGUGAGGACGGUAAGACGCCAACGCAAUCACCGGCGACUAAAUUUCAGACUGUUAUGAUGACGAAAAAUGAUAUAGUUAAUCAGAACGUAACGCGAAAGCUGGAUAAUAAUGAAAUGAAUUGCUCCAGUUUGGAAACUCUUAAAGACUACGAUUUCUACAGUAAGAGUCUGGAUGAGAGGAAAUUGGAUGAAACAAACCAAAUUGAUAACAGCAUAAAGGAUCGUAAAAGAAGCACCUAUUAUAGCGACAGUCCCGCUUAUAGCUUUAAGAAGAACAUAGAUUCUCGUAAUUCUUAUCUGAUCAAUAAUGAUACGAAUCUAUUAGAGCUAAGCAUGACAAUCUCUGAUUGCGACAACAUGGAUGCACCUUAUGGCAUUUUAAACACGGUUAAUAUGACCGACGCCAGCAUUCUAUCUUCCUCUAGUUCAGAGGCCAUAGGCAUAGUGCAACGUAGGCAGCGUAAAAAGAAGCGAGGUGAAAGUAAGAAACGAGUCAGUUUUCACGAGGACAUACUGAAAACGAUGAAGCUGGAAGAUGACGAGAAUUUCGCCGAUUUUUCCAUGAGUUUCUUACUACCUAGCUCCGUUUUAAAGAGAGAUGCUCAAAAAGGCAGGUACAGUUGGUGCGCGCAUGGGGAUUCGCCGUACAUGCAAAAGAAUAUGAAUACCGGCAGGAGCGUACAUUCGGAUUGCUAUUCGUUCUCAUCAUCAUCGAGCGCGUUUGACAGUGAUGGAACUGAUAAACAGGAGUUGUCGAAACUAUGUAUCGACAUGCCGUGUCAGCGCAAUUGUAGGUGCAAUUGUAGUUUAUCGUUAUCGGAACGCGGAGCGCCGGAGGGUCAAGAAGAUCCAGGAAAAAGUUUGAGGCCUAAGAUGGAAAUAGAAUUAGAAGAGAACGAGGCCCAGGAAGCCUAUAUCGUCGAAAAAGCAUAUGGUAACAUUGUCGAGGAUCCGCCAUCUAAGCUAGAGAUGCCGCAAUCGGUGGAUUCGAAGAAAUGUUCCGAUUUGAACGAUUGGUCGGACUUAGAUAGUGUGACGACAACAUCCGAACUGGACGAACGCAAGAGUAGUCGACACUUGAGCUCCCCGUUGAAAAAGCGCAAUAUGACGGCGAUACUGACUGGUGAGAGUAGCAACAAGCUUUUAGCACCGCCUUUGCGUCAGGCACCAUCAAAGACAUCGUUAUUAAGCAGAUUUCUAAAAUCGAUUACCGAGAGAAAGUUUGAGAUCAAAAAGAACAAGAAACCACCAAAGGUGAAUACUUUGUACAUUAAAGGCAUCAAGAUGAGUUACGAUUCUUUCAAAGAUUUUAAUGACAAUCUCGACAAAGAGAUUCAAGAGAACGUGGCUGCCGAAAGGCAGGAAUUCAGCGGCGAAAAAGUAAGCCUGAAGCUGCGUGAGCUUUUCAAGAGACAUAUUUAUCGUGAUAAAACGGAGGAGCUAUAUAAAGUAUACAAAGUGCGAAGUUCAUAUAUGACAAACGGUGAGAGCAAACCGAUGAUUGCGUUAUUGACGGACAAGACGUUAUAUUUAACCGGCUCGAAAAUGGACCACUCUUACAGUAACCAGUUUGUUAUACCUUACAAUGAAUUGGAUGUUAUUAUGAUCGGCCCGAAUGCACAAAGUAUUUUGAUUUCUAACGCCGAUUGUGAAAUGCAAUAUCUAUUCUCUACUGGCAGCUCGCAAACUACCUCAGAAUUAAUCGGCCACUUAGAAAUGGCCAUGAGACGAUCGCCAACGAAACCGAGGCUCCCUGCUGUUAAGGAAUUGAAUUACGAAGAUAUGCAUAUUUUGAGGAAUUCUAUUCUUACUGAUACAGCUGUGCAUCCUGAUGAGAAAAUAGAACAUUACAGUCUUAUUUAUAUAGAAGAUGAACAUAUGUCGCCGCCUAGUACGCCGUGCGGCCCAAUAAAAGAGGGUGAUCUGAUGUUCCGGCCGCAUACCUAUCAGCACUUGCAUCCGAAUGCACCUACGCAUCCCUGGGAGGCCGGCUAUUUCGUCCUGAAAGGCGGGGUGGUUUAUAUGUUCACAGAUUCGAAUCAACGGCUUCCUAAGCGUGCUAUACCAUUGAAAGGCGGCUUAUGUCAAGGUUGCAGAAGAAUUCCCAAUUCUCAUCGGCCACACACUUUUGAGAUACUGCUGAAGCCCAACAAGUCGUAUCAAUUUGCCGCUCCAGAUGAAUACGUGGCUUCCGAAUGGUUACAGAGCUUCGUGCAAAGCGCCUCAGGUCUGUUCAAUAGUACGGAAAAGAGAGAGCCGUUGCCUUGCAGUCUUGUCACAACUACAAAACACCUAGUGGCGAUGAAAGAGGUACAUCCGGGUACACAGAGAGGCCAGACGCUCUCGUGCGCUUCCAUCAAGGAUUUAGCAGCGUUCAGGGUACCGUUGGUACAACAAUCGUGGUGUAUAUUGGAAUUCGCGUGUCGAGAAGUACAUGAAAGUAGCGGUGAUUGGGUCAUAUACUUUACGAAUUAUACCGAGCUUUGUGCUUUUAAAGAAGUCUUGGAAACAUUAUGGACAGAUGCAAACUUGGGUGAGUUUCCCAUGGCAACACUUCCACCAGAGGAUAAACUGCAGCGACGUUGCUCGGACUCCAGCAGGGAUUUGGAACAGGCCUGGCGAUACCUGUUGCCAUCAGUUUUAGAAUAAACGGAAUAUGUACCAGUAGACAAUAUAUACACCGUCAUUUGAGAAAUUAUUUUAUCAUAUUGCCAUAAAAGAGAUUCAUACAAUAAAACCUAAAGCAGAUUUCUCGUGACAGCUCACGUGAAUAUCCAGGUAACUAUGAGAAUUGGAACGCUAUAUUGUAUGCCAAAGAUAAGUCGCUUAUACAAAUAUAAUACAAAUUUUUUGCUUCUGUUGCAAAAUUAAAUGCCAUAUAUCUGUCACUUGGAACUAGAACAAUUGAUGUUAUUUUGUGGCUUUUAAGUAGAAUCUUAUAAUAGAUAUUUUUCUUUAGACUGAUUUAUGGCAUAAUAUGAUAAAUUUCUAAUUUCAAGAUGCAAAUAUAUGUGCAAUAUAUUCUCGCUACAUUGUGGUAUUGAGAUGAGAGAUUAUGAACAUUAUCUUACAUAUAAGUUGCCUCAAACGUAUAGAACUAUUUAGGAAAGUCGCAAAAUGGUGCAUUAUCUUUCUUGUAGUGUAAGCUCCCAUAAUAAGCUAUCACUAAUUUAUAAUGACGCAGAGAAUGUAAUAUAAUUGAUAACUGUGAGACAUUAUUGAUUACUAUAUGAAUGUCUAUAUAUUCACACAUAUAUUGAAGAGACGGAACCAGUAUGCAUUUGAAUACGCACGAUUGAUAUUAAAGUAGAUAUUUAUCGUCUGAAAUUAUAUUAUAAAAUUCAAAUCGUACACACUUAAAGAGCAGCUUUAACAAAGAAUAAUAAUACUUUAUACAUCGCUUUCAAAAUUGCUAUAUAUAUGAUAUUGUUAAUUAUUAUUUAGAAAAUUGGUUUUACUUUUAGUGUCAAGACUUUCUACGUCACUUUGAUAUGUUCGAAAGUCAAAAUUUUAUUCUUAAUUUUUUAAAUGUACAAAUAAAAUACCAGCAUAAUAUAAUUGUAUUAUGUAUUAAUUUAGUUUAAUAUAAUGUAAUGUUAAAUUAGUUCAAAUAUAGGUUGUAUCAACUUAUGUUGCGCGCAUUAUACAUUGCAUUAUAAUUUUAUCAUUAUUGUUUUAUGAAAUAGCGAAUUAACAUUGAAAGUACCAAGUAGUCAUUGACGAUUCCCAUUUUUUAAUUUAUAUAUCUUAUUUCUUAUGCAAGAAAUAGAGAAUUCUGGAACUUUCUAAUUUUUUAUCAAUUAUUUCUUUUAAGUAGUAAAAUAUUCGAUUUUUUAACCUUUUCUUUAUUUUCAUAGUAAUCCAUUCGCAUAGUCCUUUUAAUGAGUAAAAUAUGUUGGUGCUUUUAAUGUUAAAGUUAUACAAAGAUUGUACCAAAAUGAUUAUAAAUAAUUUACGCUUUAAAAAUUAUUGGUUAUGUUAAAUAUGGUUUUACUAUGAUAAAAAUCUGCGAUAUGUGAGAAAAUUGUAUACAUAAAAAUGAAUUUUAUUUGUGAUAUAAUAAUACAACACUUAUAUAUAUAUAUAUAUUCAAUAUAGCUGGAAACAAGAUAUUUGUUAAACUUUUAAGUUAUAAUUUUGUGUUACCAAAAGCUACAUGAAUGGAUGCAUUAUGAAUAUUCUUGUGAAUACUUAACUUCUGCAUUAUUUCAUGUAGCUUCAUACAUGAUUGUGAUAUGCUGUUAAGUAAUAAAUAUCAUGUUGUUAAGUUCACUAGAUUUCUAUGUGAAAUUUAUGUAAAUUAAACAAAAAAUAAGUACUGCGUGUGGAGAGAUCAAAUCGGUUUUAUAUGUUAAUGUUGUGUGUGAAAAGUAUGCGGAGUUAAAUUUUCUACAAGUUACAGCCAGCAUGUUUUAAAUGUUACAUCCGUAUAUCUUUCAUACACACAAAAAUUAUGUAUCACCAUACACACAACCUGCAAGUUUAUGAUAAAUAAGAAACUUAAUAAAAGUAUACAAAGAAAA